AUGACUGUAGGAAAGGUAUUGUCAUCGACAUUUGAUGGUUCGAUUGAUCUGGGGAUAAUCGGAGGGACAGGUUUAUAUAAUUUGGAUUGUCUGGUCCCAAUUGCGGUGCUGUCUCCAGUGGAGACACCAUGGGGCACUACAUCUUCUCCUGUUACUAUUUCUAAGGUUGAAGGUAGCGAGAAAGAUUUCUACGUUGCAUUUAUUGCUAGACAUGGUGAACAUCAUGAGUUCCCACCUACCAGAGUGCCAUUCCGUGCCAACAUCGCAUGUUUAAAAAAUUUGCAAUGUAAGGCAAUUUUGUCUUUCAGUGCAGUAGGAUCUUUGAGGCACUAUAUCAAACCUAGAGACUUUGUCAUUCCGCAGCAGAUUAUUGAUAGAACGAAAGGUAUCAGAGAAUCUUCUUACUUGAACGAAGUCGGUUUAGUAGGACAUGUUGGAUUCGGUGAGCCUUUUUCCGCUGCGUUUGGUGAGUACCUGUACAGGUUCAAAGAUGUACUAAAGAACACAGAUUCCGAUGAACCUUGUCUAUUGCAUUUUAACAAGGAUAUGACUGUUGUGUGUAUGGAGGGCCCUCAGUUUUCGACACGGGCAGAAUCGAAAAUGUACAGAGCUCUUGGAGGUGAUGUUAUAAAUAUGAGUGUUUUACCUGAGGCUAAGUUGGCUCGUGAAUGUGAAAUUCCUUACCAAAUGGUUUGUAUGAGUACCGACUAUGAUGCCUGGAGGGAUGAGCAUGAGCCAGUCACUGUUGAAACCGUGGUUGGAAAUCUCACUAACAACGCUAAUAAUGCCAACAGUUUAGCUUCAAAGGUAAUUGUUGAAAUGGCAAAGGAAAUACCGGAGUUCAUGCAAACCGGAGAUGGGUUGCGCGGCGCGACAAGGAACUCUAUAUCUACAAAAACAGAAGCAAUUUCCACACAAUGCGUUCAAAAUAUGAAGUACCUAUUCCCAGACUUCUGA